UCUUCUCCCAAGUAACAAGAGGUGGGAAGAGAGGAAAUAGCCUCAAAAAUUUUACCAGUGUAGGUUUGGGUUGGAUAUCAGCAAAAAUUUCUUUCCUGAAAGAGUGAUGAAGCCCCGGCAGAGGCUGUCCAAGGCAGUGGUGGAGCCUCCAUCCCUGGAGGGGUUCAAAAGCCAUAUAGAUGUGGCACUUUGGAACACGGCUUAGUGGGCACCAUGGGGUUGAGCUGAUGGUUGGACUGGGUGAACUGAGAGAUCUUUUCCAACCUUAAUGAUUCUGUGACUCCAGUUCUCACAUGGAGGGCUUGGCCAUCGCAGCAGGGAGAAUGAGCAGGAACGGGGAGUGUGCCUGGUGGAGGGGUUCAUCCUCUGCCCAUGGGGCACGCUGAGCAGACAGCACUCCCGCCCCGGGGCCCCGGGCAAUGCAGUGGCUUCAUGAAGGGCUUCCUUCCUCCUGCUCCAGCCCGCGCACCAGCCAGCCACCCCACUGCAAGCACCUCUCAUGUGACCGCCGGCUUCCUGUGCGCUUCCCGGCCUCGGUGCCGGUGCUUCGGUACGUGCCGUGCCAGGCGCUGCCCCAACUGCACCCUUGCCACCAGGCCCCAGCACCAUGCUGCGCCGCAAGCCCUCCAAUGCCGGCGACAAGGAGCCGGGACACAAGAAGCUUUCCCUCCAGCGCUCCAGCAGCUUCAAGGACUUUGCUAAGUGCAAAGUCAGCUCCCCGGCGCCGAGCGAGAAGGAGUUCAACCUAGAGGAGAACAUCCCCGAGGAUGAGUCCAGCAGUGCCAGCCCUGAUGAUGCUGCACGGAGCAGCGGGAUGAAGUUGAGCAAGAAGUGGCGGGCCGUCAUCUCCCGCACCAUGAACCGCAAGAUGGGCAGGAUGGCCGUGAAAGCCCUGGCUGAGGGGAAGCAGGGAGGCGUAGAGGAGGAAGAGUCCCCAGGGCCCCUGUCCCCAGCCAGCAGCACGGAGGAGCCGAGCCAUGAAAAGGUGCCCCUGUCUUACCUAGAGAUGGAGGAAGAUGGGCACCCAUCCAUCAGCCGCCAGCUGUCCACCGGCAGUGAAGUGUCCAGCCCCGGCCCCCACAGGGACAGCCUGCAGCUGGAGAGUGGCCCAGCCUACACCGGCCCCUUCUGCGGCCGAGCCCGCGUCCACACCGACUUCACUCCCAGCCCCUAUGACAAGGACUCGCUGAAGCUGCGGAAAGGGGACAUCAUCGGCAUCAUCGAGAAGCCACCUGCGGGCACCUGGACCGGGCUGCUCAACAACAGGGUGGGCUCCUUCAAGUUCAUCUACGUGGACAUCAUCCCUGAGGAGACGGCCCCUGUCCGUAAGAGCCGGGGCUCCAGCAAGAGCAAGCGGCUCAAGCCCAAGACCCUCCACGAGCUGCUGGAGCGCAUCAACCUGCAGGAGCACACCUCCACCCUGCUGCUGAACGGCUACCAGACUCUGGAGGACUUCAAGGAGCUGCGGGAGACCCACCUCAAUGAGCUGAACAUCACAGACCCCCAGCAUCGUGUCAAGCUGCUCACAGCUGCUGAGCUCCUCCUGGAUUACGACACAGCAAGCGAGCCAGAGGAAGGUGACAACUCUGAAGCCCAGCCUUCACCCUUGGAGCCCAAGGAGGACAUUCCCCGGGACUCAGGCUGCUUCGAGGGAUCGGAGACGCUAGACAGCAGCCGGGAGGAGGCCGAGCUGGGGGCUCCAGAGGGGCAGCUGCAAGCUCUCUCCCUGGCAGAGUCCCCCUGAGCCCACUCUGCUGGCUCUGCCCCAUGGACGGGUGCAACUGCUGCCUGCUCUGCGCCAGAGGGACGGCUGCUGGUGGGGGAUGCAGGUGAGCCCCAGCUGCGGGACCCCAGGGCUGCGGGCACUGCAUGGCUUUGGGCAGCUCAGUCCCCAAAGGCCACCCCGAUUGCUGCCCCCAGGACAUUGUGCAUGGCGCUGCCUCACAUCUCCACCCCUACACGGGUGCUGCGGGUGCUCUGGGGCACGGUGCUCCCUGCCAAGAACCGAAUCAUAGAAUCCCAACCCGGGACGGACCCUGGGGUCAUCUCAUCCAACCUCUCUUGGCAAAAGCACAGUCCAGACAAGAUGGCCCAGUACUUGGUCCGGCGGAAUCUCAAGCGCCCAGCGUUGGGGAAUCCACCGCUUCCCUGGGGACAUUAUUCCAAUGGCUGAUUCCUCAUAUCUCACUGGAAUUCACCCAGGGGUAACUUGUACUUAUUACCCCUGCCUUUUCCAUGGGACUCCUCUUAAAAAUAGAAUCUCCAUCUUCUUUGUAGCCACCCUUUAAAUGCUGGAACAUGGUGGUAAGGUCUCCCCUGAGCCUUCUUUUCUCAAGGCUGAAGAAACCUCAUUCUCAUUC